AUUACAGGUUUGGAUGAUGCAAAAAGAAAGACCUGAAAAUCAAUGUCGUAAUAAACCGGCGAGGGUGAUAUUUAUUUCUUGAUAUAUUUAAUUAUAUUAAUUUAAAAUUCAAUGGCUUUUUCAAGUAGACUAGCCUUAAUUUCUUUACGUAUAACACGGUCUCGUAUGGUCUCGAACCGUAUUAAAUUUAUUGCUAGACUUUCUCCAAAUGUUAAUCCCUCUAUUCAUGGAAAGCGAUGUUUGUUCACUUCCAGCCAACUGUUAUCAAAAGAAGCAGCAGCAGCUGAAGAUUCUGAUUAUCAUACAAUUAUUAAAGAUACAGAAACAGCUCAUGGAGAAGGUGAGAAACUGGAGUUCCAGGCAGAAACUAAGAUGUUGCUUAAAAUUGUUGCAAAAUCUCUGUAUUCAGAACCCGAAGUGUUUGUUCGUGAGUUAAUUUCAAAUUGCAGUGAUGCACUGGAAAAGUUAAGACAUGCUGAACUAAGCAGUGGAGUAUCUUCUGAUGCAUCGAAGGAAAUUCAUAUUGCAACUGAUAAACAAAAUAGAAUUUUCACAAUUCAAGAUACUGGCAUUGGAAUGACAAGAGAAGAAAUGAUCAGUAGCCUUGGUACUAUUGCCAGAUCAGGAUCUAAGGCAUUUUUAGAAGAAGUGAAAAGAACGGAUUCAACAAGUUGUGCAGUGAACAAGAUUAUCGGUCAGUUUGGAGUUGGAUUUUAUUCAACUUUUAUGAUAGCUGAUAAAGUUGAAGUUUAUUCAAAACGUCAUGAACCUGGUAGUAAAGCUUAUAAAUGGGUUUCAGAUGGAUCUGGCUCAUAUGAAAUAAUGGAAGCUGAAAAUGUGCAGCCAGGAACAAAAGUUGUUGCAUACAUUAAAAGUGGUAAUGAAAGAAAAUUUGCCGAUGAAGAUGAGAUUAAAAGUGUCAUUAACAAGUACAGCAACUUUGUUGCCUAUCCAAUUUACGUUAAUGGAAAAAGAGUUAAUAAUAUUCAGGUAAGAAAUAAUUUUUUGUUAAAUAAAACUCUCCGUUCACAAAUGGGCAAAAUUGUAACAGUGAUUCUCUCCCUCACACAUCAUUUCGGAAUAAUAAUGGCAUGGUGUUUUUAA